AUGGAGAGGCAAGCUCUUCUUAAAUUUAAAGAAGGGCUUAAGGAUCCUUCAAAUGGUCUUUCUUCUUGGGUUGGCCAAGAUUGCUGCACAUGGUUAGGAGUGGGCUGUAACAAUCAAACAGGUCACGUCAUUAAACUUGAUCUCAAAAGCCAACCUGUUUGCAAUCAGGUAGCAGGUAGUGUAUUUUGUAAGGAGUUAACAUUGGGUGUUGAGUUAUCUCCUUCUUUACUUGAUCUAAAAUAUCUAAAUUACUUGUACCUGAGCUACAAUGAUUUUCAAGGAAUUCCCAUCCCAAAUUUCAUUGGUUCACUCAAUAGGUUGAGUUACCUUGAUCUCUCCUAUGCAUCCUUUGGUGGAACAAUCCCUCCUUAUCUUGGGAAUCUGUCUAACUUGUACUAUCUUAAUCUCUCUACGUUUUUGAUUAACUUUUCUGUUUCAAAUUUAAAUUGGCUAUCUGGUCUCUCUUCCUUGCAGUACCUUAGUUUGAUUAGCGUGAACCUUAGUAAGGCAUCGACUCAUUGGCUACAAAUUGUUAAUAUGCUUCCUUUUUUAAUAGAAUUGCACUUGUCUGGUUGUGAACUUCAAAAUCUUCCUCAAACUCUUCAAUUUGUUAACUUUACUUCACUUUCGGUCCUCGAUCUCUCUUAUAAUAACUUCAACUCUAGUUUAAUUCCUCAGUGGUUGUUUAACAUCACUGGCCUCACAAAUCUCCAUCUUAGCUCUUGUUAUCUCAAGGGCUCCAUCCCUGAGAUUGCAAUAGGGAGCUUUUACAAUUUGCAAAGUUUAGAUAUAUCAUUAAAUUAUUAUAUUAGCGGCGAAAUAACAGAAUUUUUCCAUGUCUUAUCAGGAUGCAGUAACAGAAGAGGUCCAAUACCAAAAAAUAUAGGAAAUUUGUCUCGUUUGGAAGAAUUAGACCUUUCUUAUAACAAGAUGAGUGGAAUUAUCUUGGAAAGUAUUGGACAACUUACAGAGUUGACACAAUUGAAUCUCUUCAGUAAUUCUUGGGAAGGAAUCAUAUAUGAAAUUCAUUUCCUAAAUCUCACAAAACUGAGCAGUUUAUCUUUGUCAUCAACUACCAAUCUUUUAGUUCUUAAUGUGAGUCAUAACUGGAUUCCCUCCUUUGAUCUACCCCUCAUCGAAGCUGAUGGCUGUCAAUUAGGCCCUGCAUUUCCUGCAUGGCUUAGGACUCAGAAAAACUUGUGGGAUAUCACUCUCAAAAAUGCUGCAAUAUUAGACAAAAUACCCGAUUGA